AUGCCAGUCUCUCAUGGGCUGGGCUCAGAAGAUAUUCUGGUCGAAGUUAAAGUUGUCGGCAUGAAUUUAAGUACAGGAGUAAUCACCGAGAAGUCUUUCAUUGGCCGAGGUCUUGGAUAUGAAGGGAGUGGACUUAUCCUGGAAGUUGGAACGGCAGUGAACAAACUUUCACCUGGUGAUCGAGUUAUUAUGAGCUCAAGCGGAUCUCUAACUACCACCCAGAAGCUUGAUCAGCGUCUCUGUGUCAAGAUACUGAACUCCCUGAGCUAUGAAGAGGGUGCUACGAUGUCGGUAGUCUACUGCACUGCGAUCCACUGUCUCCUCGAUAUCGGUGGCUUGCGCAAGGGGAAAUUGGUUCUCAUUCAUUCCGCAAGUGGAGGUGUUGGUAUGGCAGCUCUUUAUAUUGCGCGGAUGGUUGGCGCAGAGAUUUAUGCUACCGUUGGAAGUGAAGAGAAACUUCAGGCUCUCAUGAGUGUGUCAAAUAUUCCGUGUAAUCGCAUCUUCAAUUCUCGUACUAAAGAGUUCCUUCCGCGUCUGAUGGAAGAAACCAAUGGUGUCGGAGUUGAUGUGGUGCUGAACUCCCUUUCGGCGACUUUGUUGGUCAAGGUUUUGCUUGAUAGGCAACGCUUUGAGCCGAACAGGAGCUUUGUCGGAUUCGAUCAUGUUUUUUUUUAUGAAAAGAGACCAAAGAGAAUUGAAAGCAUCAUGGCUCGUGCGAUGGACUAUUACAAGGCUGGUUUCAUCCACCCCAUCACGCCGACCAGGACGUUUGAGGCUGUCUCAAUUGUUGACGCGAUUCUUCAUAUGCUGCGGGGCCGGCAUAUGGGUAAGAUUGUUAUUAACAUGCCAGCAAACAGUGCAGAUCUUCCAGCCGAGCCCUCUCGGCAAGAAUAA